CUCCCCUUCAUUCACAGCUCUCUCUCUCUCUCUCUCUCUCUCUCUCUGUGUUUCAUUUCAUUUGGCCUGGUUUUUGGACUCCCCACACUCUUAUCUCAAUCUGCUUCCUUUGCCAAUCCUUAAUGUAUCUGAAUCUCUGGAUUUUCUUGAUCUGGGCAUCCACUAUUUCCUGUUUAGAUCGUAGAUUUCGCCAUUAAAACCUUUGUUUUUUUUUUUUCCGCUCUUCGUCUUUCAUCUCUGUUUUCACAGUACGAAUCCGCUUCACUGAGAAAAACUCCACAUGGGUCUUGUUCGUCUAUCAGUUCUUUGACAGAUUUAGAGUAAUGGGAUUCAUGGUAAAACUGCAAAUAAGGUUUUUUUCAUAGAAAGGCAUUAUUGUUUGCAUGAAUUAUUCAUUUGUGGAGUUUUGAGAAUAUGGGUAGAGGUAGAGGAAAAGGAAAGAGGUUAACUGUAACCAAUCAUGAUGAUCCUGGAAGCGGCGAGGAGGAAAAAAUACCUGCACAGAAGAGAAGGGGAAGACCACAAAAACCAUUGAAGGAUGAGAUUGAUGAUGAAGAAGUUGAGAAAAUAGAGGAGGAUGACAGUGAGAAUGCAAAGGCUGGUAUUCCAACGAAGGAGGCGAAAAGUCCCUCUGCAGCAGAGAAUGGAAAGAAAAGGAAGCGAUACUCGCAGGCGAAAGAGAAGUCGGAUUCAGUUAAGGAAGAAAACGGAAAUGGAACAAGAUCGAGCACUGAUGAGUCAACAAAGUCUAAUGGAUUCCGGCAUAACGGGAGCAGGCGGAAAAGCAAGCCCCGCCGAGCUGCUGAAGCAGGCGUUGAGUGCAAGUGAGAAUUAUGGCCGCUUUUUGCAAUGGUUUCUUUAUGUUUCACAUUGCUAUAGGAUCUGAGGCGUAGUAAACCUCUAGUUUCCAUCAGUUUUUUGUCCUACUUUCAUUUUGGUAUUCCCUUUGUCAUUUAGUUUUCUUUUCAAUCAUUUUUGAAUUUUGGAAUCUCUUAUUGCUGGUUGUAGAUUUGAUGAAUUCCUAAUACUCUAAAUUUUGACUAGUUUUUUGAUGUUGUAUAAUUUUCAAGACAUACUUGA